AUGUCAUGUUCCGAGAAUUCCGCUUCCAGCUCGUUUUCGGUGAGCUCCUUGAUUUGCCCCAACCGAACAGAAUCCUACUGUCCUGGGGGCUAUUUGCCCUUCAGAUCGGAGCAGAGCUACGGCUUACAGAACUGGCAAGUUGGCGUCGCGCAGCGUAAACAAGGGGGGAUGAAUCACCAGCAAGGUAUAGGUUUGGCUCCACAUCACUACGUGCCAGCGAUGGUAGGCUGGGUAAAUCAGCCACCCUCCAGCCAGGCAGACCGACCCCAACAGAUAAGUAGUUGUUCUUUCGCGCCCAGCGUUAAGGAAGAAGCGAACUAUUGCUUGCUAGAUGGAGAUAAGCACUCGAAGACGCAACCAAGCGUUUCUCCUUACCCGAGAUUGUCGGAAAUGUGCUCUGGUGACAGUGGUAGAGUUCCUGUGCCAAGAUAUUUUCGUCCCAACCCAACCUAUGCAUCAAACAAGCCCACGGAUUACAACCCUCUGCAGCCGGUCGCCGUGCAGUGCUCGGUUCAAUCCGAUAGAUGCUUCAACCCUUCCUUCUCCGCGGCACCAACAUUAUCACCAUCAUCCUCUUCAAAAGCAGGUGAAAAACACACAAACGUGACCACGGUUUCCAAUCAUUUGGGCCAAGCAGAACCCGCAAAGAACGGAGACGAACGAGAGUCCCCCUUCGCAGAAGACGCGUCGUCCUUGCGGUUUGUGGGCGUCGAUAAGACUAUUUCAGAGAAAGAAGUAAAAGAACACACAAAGGCGGAGAAUGCGACAAACUGGCUGACUCCGAAGGGCGGAAGGAAGAAACGCUGCCCAUACACUAAACACCAGACCCUGGAACUGGAAAAGGAAUUUCUCUUUAACAUGUAUUUGACUCGAGAGCGCCGACUGGAGAUCAGCCGGGGCGUGAAUCUGUCUGACCGACAAGUCAAAAUCUGGUUUCAGAACAGAAGAAUGAAGCUGAAAAAGAUGAGCAGGGAAAAUAGAAUUCGAGAAAUGCCAACCAGUUUCCCAAUCUGAUUAGCACUUAUUAAUUGGAUAGCAGAUGCAAACGACUCGUUUUUUUUUGGCAGAAGUCUAGACUCUACAACAACAUUGACAGGCCGGGGGGUAGUAGAGCUGCAAGUUCACAAGUCUAGUCCCUAGAACAACAUUCAGCCAGCGGGGUGGUAGGGAGUGGGGGAGGGUGAAGGAGAAAGAAACAAGAUGGAGCCCAGAGGUUGCAAGUUCAAAAUAACUCAACCUCAAUUUUUUGGGAUUUGCUUGUUAACUCUACAUAAAAUAAAAACUACAGUGUCCCCUGAAACUGUGCAGACGUGCAUUAAUGAAAUAAAUUAACUUAGGCGUCCUAUUAACUAAUUAUAAGGAAAAUAAUCGAAAACAUUUGAUAAAACAAAUAUUUGGCUCGGAUGAUAUUUUCAUCGUCCUCCUUUCGUGGCAUUUGGAUUGAAUUACAUUUGAUUAAAAUGGGCGCAUAGUUGGUUACACGUGUAUGUUACGCUUAGAAAUAUAACCAUUUUAAAAUCUGCGACUUGAGUUUAUGCCGGGACAAUAGAGCAAUUUUAUACUUAGUUUAUGUCCUAGAGUAAGCCAUUUGUACACCUAAUUUUUUUUGUCAUUAACGUGCAACAACAAACAUAAAUGGGCAGGAAA